GUACUGGCGAAAACGCAUUUUGUCGAGCAUCUAACCUGACGUUGCCCACCAGCGCCGGAAUCGUCCCUCGACUUCGAUCGCUUCGCUGUGCCAUCACGUCAACGAUCUCAUUUAACUCAAUUGCUACAUGUAGUAUCCAUUUACAGUAGCGUUGGCAGGACAACACCGUAAAAUGCGGACUUGCCACUGGGGACUUGAGGUGUCUAGCGGAGAUUGUGGUGGAAACGUCAUGUUUGUGCAUUCCAGAGCGCUCAUCCCCCAACGCCUUUAACGCCUUUUAGUCCACAUUCGGGACAAUGGUGGCCAGUAGCUGCUUGCGUUGCAAUGGGAGGGGGUUCUCGUCCGUCUUGACCGAGCUGCUCACUCUUCAAUUUGGAGCGCAAGGCCCAACCACCAGAGCUCCGUCUCCAGAUGCCUCGGUUUCACUGUCCAAGAUCCGCGUACAUUGCGUUGUUUAUCAUGGCGGCGGCGGCUGUGUCAGCAGAGACCAAUAGUUCUGGAUCGAGCUCCUCGUGUCUGAUCUCGCAGUAUCUCGACUCUGUCACGGGCGAGUGUGUCAACUACAAGAACCAGGGCGAAAAGGCUGGCACAGACUACGAUCAAGCCAUUGAUUCCGGCAACACGGCGUGGAUGCUGACUGCUAGUGCUCUGGUGAUGAUCAUGACGCCUGGUGUUGCUUUCUUCUACGCUGGUCUGGCAGGUGAGGAGAUGGCUUCCAACACAAUCAUGAUGUCAUUCGUGAGUAUGGCAAUGGUGACGAUCCAGUUCUGGGCGUUCGGCUAUUCGGCAGCUUUUGGUACGCACGGCAUCUUCGGCUGGGCUGGAUACAACCACGUGGGCAAGACGCCAAGUGGCACUUACGGCACGGGUAUCCCACACAUUGUGUACGCAUUCUUCCAGACGCAAUUCGCAGCUAUCACCCCCGCCGAGUUGAGCGGAGGUAUUGUGGGUCGCAUGAAAUUUGGCACGUAUCUCAUCUUUAUCUUCCUUUGGACCUCAAUCGUUUACGAGCCGUUGGUAUAUUGGAUCUGGUCCCAGAAACUCGAUCAAACGUGGAGUAUUACGCCCCGAGGCUGGGAGGGCAGCAUGGGAGCGCUUGACUUCGGCGGUGGCACUGUCAUCCACGUGUCUGGUGGAUUUGGUGCACUCGCCGCUGCUCUGAUGGUGGGAAAGCGCUAUAACCACGGGGAACCUGUGAAGCCACACAACGUACCGCUGGUUAUGAUCGGGUGCACGUUCCUUUGGUUUGGCUGGUUCGGAUUUAACGGUGGAUCGGGAGGUGCCGCUGAUGGAAUCGGUGCUACGGCUGCAAUCAACACUCACCUGGCUGCCUCCGCUGGUUUCAUAACCUGGGUAUUGCUCGAGUAUAGUAUUUCGCGUAAGCUCGACCCGUGCGGUGCUGCCAGUGGAGCUGUGGCUGGUAUGGCCACUAUCACCCCCGGAUCUGGAUACGUGCUCCCGUGGGCAGCGAUGAUCUUCGGAAUCGUCGGGGCCAUUACCGGUUUCUUUGCCGUAAAACUCAAAAAUCAUCUGCGUUACGAUGACACGUUGGAUGUGUUUGCUAUCCAUGGUUGCGGUGGCUUCAUGGGCGGCUUGUUGACUGGCCUCUUUGCCACGCCUGAGGUGAACCCAACCAUCAAGGGUGGUGCCUUUUACGGACACGGCAUGCAGUUCGUGUACCAAUUGGUGGCCAACUCUGUAGCUGCGGCGUACGUGUUUUCUGCAACUCUGAUCAUACUUGUUAUUCUCAAGUACACAGUCGGUCUUCGCAUUAACGAAGAGAAGGAGGCACAUGGCAUCGAUAUUUCGUACCACGGCGGCCUCGCCUACGACUAUAGUCACCAUGGCGAUCAAAGCGACCAUGGACCGAAGACUGUGCAGUUUAAGCCCCCUGAGAUGUCAUUUGAGGCGGCGUUCAUGAAGGCAGACCCAGCUGAGCAGGUUUAAUUAAACCAGUGCGAGUAGUAAUAAGUUCGUUCAAAACACAAAAAAUAAGGUUGUUUUCAUGUGCUCGUAAAAUAAAAAAAUAAUGACUGAUCGAUCACCUG